AUCGCAAUCGCAAUCCCAAUCCCAAUCCCCUGCGGGGAUAAAAUUAUUACAGCAGAAGGGAAACAACAAAAGCGAGAAAUGCAAAAAGAUUAGGAACAUUGUUUUCUUUAAUCUUCCAAUGAAAUGGGUUAAAUCUUAAUCAUUACAGGAGUGGCUUUUUUUCUUUUUUUAUUCCCAUUGGGAAAGAUUGUUUCUUUUUGGGUUUUCUCAAUUCAAUCCGGCGAAUUUGGGGGGAAUAAUAACUCUUGAGAGCCUCGCUCGCCAUUGAAGCAAAGUUUUGCCGGAGGACGCUGAAGAAGAGGAAGAGAGCAGGCCUGGCGCGGAAGUUUCGUGUUAUUCCCCCCACAUUCAUUUAAAAUGGCUCUCAAAUUCAAUUGGGUUUCCUUUUUCAGGAUUUUCUCGCUUUUGUUGCUGAUCGCUGCUAUUAUAAUUGCUUGCUUCACUCUCCCUAUUGAAAAGAUUCUAAAGGAUUUCUUAGCAUGGAUAGAGCAAGAUCUUGGUCCUUGGGGUCCUUUAGUGCUGGCUGUGGCGUACAUUCCUUUAACGAUAUUGUCAGUUCCAGCUUCAGUACUUACGCUCGGUGGUGGCUAUCUCUUUGGUUUGCCUGUGGGUUUCAUUGCUGAUUCCGUUGGUGCUACAUUAGGUGCUGGAGCUGCAUUUCUUCUUGGGCGAGCUCUUGGGAGGUCAUUUAUUAUCUGCAAGUUAGAAGAUUAUCCAAAGUUCCGUUCAGUCACAAUUGCAAUUCAGAGAUCGGGAUUUAAGAUUGUGUUAUUGCUCCGGCUGGCUCCUUUAGUUCCAUUUAAUCUGCUGAACUAUCUCUUAUCCUUGACUCCGGUCCCGAUGGGUGAAUACAUGCUGGCUUCAUGGUUGGGCAUGAUACCAAUCACUCUUGCCUUGGUAUAUGUCGGGACAACUUUGAAGGAUCUUUCCGAUGUAACACAUGGAUUGAAUAAAUUCUCAAAAGCCCGAUGGGCAUUUAUUGUAUUGAGCCUUCUGGUGUCUGUGGUACUAAUGAUAUGUGUUACACUAGUUGCAAAGGAAGCUUUAGAUAAAGCGUUGGCCGAAGAAGACGAGCGUGCGGACGGUGAUGGCACGCCGGCAGAACCACCAAACAAUGAGGCCGACUCCAACGAAAAUCUCUGCCGGCCAAUUCUAGUAAGGAUCGAUACACCUCAAGAAAAUCCAGAGACGUAGUUCGUCUUUCUUAAUUUUGUGUUAAUCAAAGGGCUAUAAAAGGGACCUCCAUCGAGUACGUUUCUCAUUUACGUUUGGGCGUCUCUCGACCAAUGCUAUUGAUAUUCUUUUGUACAGUCUGAUAUUCUUCCUACAGGUAGUCUUGGUAGAAAUAGCUAUUCUUUUUCGAUAUGUAUUAUUCUAUUUUUGUGUAAUUCUUGGAUGGGUGUCCGGAAAUUUAUCAUGUACCGAGAUUUUUACUUGUAA